AUGCCUCCUGCCGCAGGGCAGGCAUCGCGUCCUCCAAGUCCAUUAAAGCCUCCGCGGAAGAGGAGGAGGAUUGUGAUCUCAUGUACCGAAUGCCACAGGCGCAAGCAGAAGUGUGAUCGUGCUUUUCCCUGCUCAAAUUGCAUUGCGCGAAAGAAGCAAUCGGCCUGCCAUUACGAGAAUGAAUCUGCCCGGAAACAACAAUUGCUGGAGGAGGGCGCAAGCACUUCGACAGACGAUGGCGGGGCUUUCAGCACCAUGAAGCUCGAAGGCGACUCUGCAGCACAAGUCACUUCGUUUGGAUAUGCGAGCAACAAUUCUAAUAGCAAUACGACCCUUGGGCUCUUUAGGAGGAUAGAAGACCACGAUGCGGAUACCCCCUCCGUGAUAUCGAAACCUCCCCCGAGCUCAGCUAACAACGGCGGGCUACGAGAGAAAUACAAGAGUCUCAUACGACAGCUGCCGUCGAAACCAUAUAUCGAGAAACUUGUCGACACCUUUUUCCGCGAGGUUAACUAUCACAACUACUCCAUAGACGAAGCCAUUUUUCGCGAUCAUCUCAGAGACUGGCACAACCUAUCUUUCUCGACUCUUAACAAAGGGCCUCUAGGGCUGUCCGGGGAUCUUCAAUUCUUCCCAGGGCUGUUGUUUCAGAUUCUUGCCCUUGCACUACAAUUUCAACAUGGGGACUACGACGCGAUUCUCGACUCUCUCAAAUAUGCUGCUGGGAUGUCAUUCGAUGAUCUUGCCAGUGAUUACAGCGAAUCUGGUGUCCAAAUAUUAUGCCUUCUCGGUAAGAGGCAUACGACUCUAGUGACAGUUCAAGCUGGGUUCUUGCGAACGAGUUACCUGAAGAAUUGUGGGAUGAUCACCGAGAGCUGGCACUCUCUCUCACAGACUAUCCGAGAUGCGCAGGAGAUAGGUCUACAUAAGAUUUCAGCAGACCGUCCAGCUAGAAAUGCACAACUCUCAGCAGAGGAUGUGCUGGAAAAUAUGUGGAUCGACCAGCUUCGGCGUAGGGUGUGGAUGAUACUUUCUUAUUGGGAUAUUCACAUGGCAAUAAUCCUUGGACGGCCUACAACCAUAGACAGUCGAGAUGGGAAGCCAGUCCUCCCUAUCGAUGCACCCAUCCCCAAGAACCGAAGAACAGUGGCCCCAUCUUUGCGAACUGAGGCCGAUCCUCCCACGCCAUUAACAGCACUAUUAUGGACAGUGGAGCUUGCAGCCCCGCUCUGGGACAUCUACAGCCUCGAGAAGGAAGAUCCUCAACACCUUCUUUGGCCGAAAGUUGAGAGAAUGCACAAACUUAUCAACCAGAUUACCUUACAUUGCCCCCCUUUCUUCCGAGCACAGAACCCCGACACCAGGUUCGACUCUCAUCCCGACUGCUACUGGUUACCUCGUGCUCGGCCUUCCCUCCAGAAUGGAGCAGCAUUCACAAUAAUGGCUCUACACCGCCCCUACAUCUUCACACACGCUGCCAGCAGGACCGCUGCAUUGGUUGCUUGUCUUGACAUACUGCGAGCACAGCGCACGUACUUCAAUCAGCUACACGUUAAAGACUACAAGUUAUUCUCCCUCGUGAUAAAUACAUUCGAUGCCAUCGUAGUAUUAGCUGCCGUCUACAUUUUACAUCCAUGCGAGAACAGGGAGCAUCUUGACUCCGCUUUACAACACUUUGAAUGGGGUAUGGAGAGAUUUCAGAUGAUGAGCGGGAGGAAUUCCAUGGCCAAAUCAGCUCUUGGUGUAUUGAAGGCUAUCCACGUUCGAUUAAAGAAGGCUCUAGGCCCAGGCAAGAUCCCUCCUACCACCACACAGGUUCCAACCCCAGAGUCAUACGCACCAUCUUCAACCUCCAGCGAAAAUCGCACUACCUCGCAGUCGUCGGUCCAAAACGUACCCUCCGGCCCUUCAACCAACAACCGGACAAUUGCAGACACUCCACAAUACACACAGCCCACAAUAUCCAACCUCACAGCCCCAACCCCGCCAUCUGCCUCGGCGUGGGAGCGUUUCUCCGGAAACAUGCUACCACAGCAAAACUUUGACUUCUCUUCCAUGGCCCCAUUGCAUCCUAUGCACGAUCUUCUGUACAACGAUCUUUCGACGAUUGGAGAUACGCAGAUGCUGGAUCCGCAGCUUGGUAGCAUGGCGACGACGGACAUGGGCAUUGUUGAUACAAGUGAGGCUUGGCAAUUUGAGGGCGAUUUUGGAAAUGAUAGCUUUUGGGGGUUCAUGAAUAGUUACAAUCCUUGA